AUAAGAAACGGCAGCGUGCCUCAGGGCAUCGUCAGCAGCCUCAUUGCUUCAAAGUUAAAAGCUCUAUCUUCCGAAGCGAAAUUGGGGGUUAAGAAGAAUAGAGGCGGAAGAAUGCAUCACCUGCACCUGCUUUCUUCCUCAUUCACCAUCCAAAACCCUAGAUUAUGCCCUAAUCACUCCCUUUCCUCGCUCCACUCCUCCUCACCCUUGAGCUUCACUUCACGAACUCCUCUUCUGCUUUCCACAACCAGGCACUUCCGUAAAAAGCGCUCAUUGCAAUGUCGCCAGUCGGAUUACUUUCAACAGCAGAACAUCACUCGCAGACAACCUCCAAAUGACUCUUCUUUUGGAGGAGCUUUGCAGCCUAGGGUUUUUGUUGGUCAUUCGAUAUACAAAGGGAAAGCUGCUCUUACGGUAGAGCCCAAAGCCCCGGAGUUUACGCCUUUAGAUUCAGGGGCAUUUAAAGUGUCCAAAGAAGGUUUUGUGCUGCUCCAGUUUGCUCCUGCUGCAGGUGUUCGACAAUAUGAUUGGGGCAGAAAGCAGGUGUUCUCAUUAUCUGUGACUGAAAUUGGAAGUCUUAUUAGCCUUGGUGCAAGAGAGUCAUGCGAAUUUUUUCAUGAUCCUUUUAAAGGAAGAAGUGAGGAAGGUAAGGUCCGGAAGGUGUUGAAGGUAGAGCCGCUCCCAGAUGGCUCUGGUCAUUUCUUCAAUCUCAGUGUUCAAAACAAGCUUUUGAAUAUGGAUGAGAACAUUUAUAUCCCUGUCACCAGAGCAGAAUUUGCUGUGCUCAUCUCAGCUUUUAAUUUCAUUGUGCCAUAUCUUUUAGGCUGGCAUGCCUAUGCGAACUCCAUCAAGCCAGAUGAUACAAGUCGUGUGAAUAAUGCUAAUCCGAGAUCUGGGGACUUUGAAUGGAGCAGAUAGUAAACACUGGUACUUCUAAAGCAUGGACUGGGAAAUGGUGUUUUGAUAUCUUCCAACCUUUUUAUAGGGAAAAUCCUCCCAAAAAUUUUGGCGGUUUUCUGUGUAUGCCUAUAUUGUAUGGAAUGAUAAAGAUAGAUUAAAGAAUGGAAUAGAACAGACAGGUUAACCAGACA